UUUAAAUUAAAAAGCAAAUCAAAUCAUAUCAAAAAAUCAUUUAAUAAAGCUUUUCACAAAUAUUCUGUAUUAAAUUCAUUAAUAUUUAAGUAAUAAUUUAGUUAAAAGUUUGUUUAAAGCAAACAAGAUUUAUUAUGGAAAUUAGAAGCAUUGCAAGAACUCAAAAUAGUCAUAAAAAUGAGAAAAAGUACUUUGAAAUACUGUAAGAAUACACUUAAAAUUAAUUAAGUCUUUUGAAUUAAGUUAAAAAUGAGUUCAUUAAGGAGGAACUAAAAAACAUUUGUCAUUAUAUUCUAUCUAAAACAGAUCUUUUGCUUUUAAAUAUUGAAGUGAUGUAUAUUAUUAUAAGCAGACUUUAACAAAUUUCUGCUGAAUUUUCAAGUGAGAUUAAUAUAGAUCAUUUUGCUUAGAUUAACUAGAUUCCCAUAUCAAGCGAAUUAAGUUUUGUAGCUAACUUCAAUUCAAAUUGUCAGUUUUUAAAAUUAAAAGCUAAAACAAAAAUAGGAGAGAGAGUUAAAAGAGAUAAAAAGAAUCAGGAAUUCCAAUCGUCUCUUUAAUCUACAAAAUAUGAAAUCCUUUUAGAUCAAGAUUUCUAAAAAUAAUUUGAUUUCUUUGAUGCUAGCAUUUAAAAUUAUUAUAAUUUUGUUUACGAUGUGAAAUAUAAUUCAAACUACCUCCAGUUAUAAUUGCAAUAAUAAAGAAGCGGUUAAUCAACUGAAAAGCAAAGAUAAAUAGAGACAGAUAUAUAAAAGCUUAAGAAUAAGAAUUACUAAAUACAUUUUAGUAGAAUAAUUAGUGAAAACACUGAUGAAAUAGAUUCUUUUAUUUUACAAGCUAAUGUUACUUAAAAAAACUAAAAUUAGAUUCUAAAUAAUAAAGUAAACUAGACUUCUCCUUAAGUGCUCAACUAAAAAAACCCUAAAGAUUUACAUUAAAACAAAUAAAUAAAUUAAACGCCUUAACAGCUAAAUAAAAUCAACAUACCAAACCAAAAAAAUAAUUAAAAUCAAAACAAAAUUCUAAAUUAGAUAAAUAAUGAUAAAAUACAAUAAAAUGAAAAUCAAGAUUUAAGCUAAGGAAGUAAAUAUGUUCUACCAUUAGCUAAAGUAUUUUAUUAUUAAAAUGCAUUUGGAGAAGACUACUAUGUACAACUAAGAGAAUAAGAAGAAUAUUCUCUAAUGGAUGUUAUUAAUGAGCUUGAAAAGAAAUAGCUUAGAUAUAGUGAGUAAGAAAUGAUUGCCAUUCUUUCUAACAUAUUUGAAGGAAUUUUAUAUUUUCAUGACAGAGGCUAUGUAUUAGGCAGCUUUUCUCCUUUUGAGGUUGUUUUUCACUAGGAAAGAUGGAAACUAAAGCACAUAAAUCAAAUGCAGUUAAAGGGUUAACAAAAUUAAGGAAAAGGCUUAAAUAGUUUGUAUUAAGUGAAAGGGUACUUUGAAUUUAUGUCACCGUAGCAACAACAACUUUUAAAAAUGAACACAACAGUAGGUAAUUAUAAUGCUCAAGCUUCUGAUUUCUAUAAUUUAGGAACUUUGAUUAAUGCUUUAUCUUCUCCAAAAUAAUAAUACUCUCCUUUUUUCAAUUAAAUUAUAAAACAAUUAACGGACUAUGAUUCACUUGCAAGAAUGGAUACAAAAAAUAUUAGAAAUUUACUUUAACCUUACAAAUUUUGUAUUAGGAAAGGCUUAGAUAUUACUAAGUAGAAAGAUAGUUUUAUAAACUAUAAAAAGUUAUAUCAAUCUUUUAUGUCACUGGGAAGUAAAUCUUUAGCAAUAAGUUCAGUUCAUGCUGCUCAUCCAAAAGAAGAUUACCACAGUUUUAUUGAAAAAGGAUUCUUAUUUUAAGUAUUUAACGAACAUGCUGAUGCAAUUACUUAUUACAGGAAAGCAGAAUAAAAUGCCCUUUAACAAAAUAAAUUAUACAAUUUAAUUCCAAUAAACAACAAUAUUGGUUAAAUAUUAUUAAAGAACGGUAAAUAUGAUUAGGCUCUCUAAUCCUUUUAGAAAGCUGUAGAUGUUUCAAGGCAAGUCUCUUCUUUAAAUAGCUUAGAGUAUGCUAAAUCUUUAGAGAAUUUAUCAAACGCUUAUACAAAUUUAUAAAAGUAUAAAGAAGCAGAAAAAGGUUUUGAAGAGGUGUUAAAUAUAAAAAAGAAACUUAUUCGAAGUGAAAACGACAUGCAAUUUAGUAUAACAUAUAAUAAUUUAGGGAUUGUUUAGGAGAAAUAAGAUAAAAAAUAGCAAGCGAUAGCUAAUUUUAGAAAAGCUAUUGAUGUUAUGCAAUUUCAUUUAGGAACAACAAAUCCAGACAUAGCUCUUUUUAAUGAAAAAAUAGGUGAUCUUUUUUUCAGUUUACCUGGUAGAUAAGAAGAUGCAUUAAAUCAUUACUAACAAAGUUACAAAAUCUACUCUGCAUUAAAAGAUGCAAGUUAGAUCCAUAAAAUUUCAGAAAAAAUAAAAAGAAUUCAAACAAAAUCUCAAAAAUGAAAAUAAUUAAACAUAUUCAUUCAAUAUUUGCUUACUUAUUUUAUAUAAUUUAAAUUAAU